AUGGGCCCCCGCGACUCGCCUGGCGACUCGUCGGGCGGCGCCGAUCCCGCCGCCCCUACACCCACGUCACCUCCUGCUCUCUGCUUGGGCCUGUCCGGCGCCGAUGGAGCGCCGGAGCGGCCGUCGGCUCCGCUCCUUGUCCGCUGCCCGGACCGCUCUGCUGCUGCCGGGCGCCCUGCACUGCCGCCCCGUGCCGUUGACCUUGUCCCCCGCCCAGGUAUCGCCUUCCGCGUCCGUGUCGUCGCUGCUUUCCUUUCUGGUGUCGCCUUCGACCCCUCUGAGUUCCCUGCUCUUUCCCACCCCGGCAUCGUCUGGGUCGUCAUACCGUUCGUCGCCGGAUUUGCGCCGCGCGUGUUCUCGGUUCGGGUGGCGAGUGCUGCGGUGGCGCGGUUCCUGGCGGCAGUUUCGCCGGGGCUCCUCAUCGCCGUCAACCUGGGCGUCCACGCCUCCCUCCGCGAGGCGGAGGCUGACGUGGCAUCUUCGCGUAAAUGUGCGGCCCGCGUGCGGCGCCUCUUGCACCAACCCACUGUUGCUGCGUCUGCUGCCCCCCGUCGCCCUCGCCUUAAACUGUUGCCCAUCCGCUGUCACAUCCCCGCGGCGCCGCAGAGGCCUUUGCUUCUCCCCCUGCCCACGCCGCUGACCCCUGUCCCUAGUUGCGAUUGGCCGGGAUUGGACCCUGAGGUCACUGACGCCCGCCUUAACUGCCCUGCUUCCUUCCAUCCUGUCGCUCUUCGGGGUGACACCGCGUGCGGCGCGAGCGACGAGACCGCGGCUGCGUCCCAUGCGGGCGCUAGCGCCCCAUUCACUCCCCGCGACCCACCCUCACCUGCCGCCUUCACUGCAUCGCUGGUGGAGACCAGCCCUUACCUUCAGGCGCUACUCUCCCCCGCUGCCCCAGCCAAACACCCCACACCUCGCCCCCCACAGCCAGAGCUCUCGCUCAACGGCUGCUUCCGCUGUCUCUCCAUCCGCCACUACGUCAAGGACUGCCGGGAGCCCGUCCGGUGCCGGCAGUGUCGCGUGUCUGGACAUCGCGCGUCCUCCCCUCGUUGUGCCAUGGCCCCGAAACGCAGUAACGCCCCUCCCAAGGCUGCUUCCUUCCCCGGGCGCACGGGCGCGGCGCCCCCGCCUCCCCCUGCUCGCCGCCAGUCCACCCCCUACCCACGCGCUCGGCCCUCGGCUUCCCCUGGGCGGGCCUCUCCCAUCCAGCCCCGGCGGCUAGAGGUGGGCGAGUUGAGCUCCGCCCCGCCCCCCUCCGUGGUUGCGGCCGGAGUUGCCGCCGACGCGUCGCACUUCCCGCCUAGCAACCGCGACAUCUCUAUCACGGAGGUGAUCCGUUCGCCACCGCCGUCUCCUCCUGGGUUGGCUGGGGAGCGCGGGGCCCCGGACGUCCAGGUCCAGUCGCCGGGCUCGGAUGGGCUGCCUCCCGGGCUCUUGGCCUUCCGGGACCGCGUCUCCUCCGACUCGUCGGACUCGCGUCUUUCUCUCUCCGUGCGUUCCGCCUCGUCCAUGUCGACGGGCAACUCCAUCCCGUCGGUCAUUGCCGACUCGGAGCGUCCGGACGUCGUCGAGGUCUUCAUGCCGGAAGGGGACUACGACGCGGCGCAACGGCUCGUCGUCGUCGUCAUCGUCCCUCCCAGCGCCUUCCACAACCUUGCGGUGCAAGCUGCUGUCCUCGACAACAUCGGCCACCUCCUGCCCGAAGUCGUCCCGUCCUCGGUCGGGGCUAUGUACCUCCGCUUCGCGACCUGGGAGGACAGACGUUAG